ACGGCGCUUGGUUGACGUCUUCAUCCAGUGUCUCCCGCGCCGAGUGAACGAUUGUCUGGCGGCUCGCGAUCGACCGAGGAAACGGAACGACCUAAUCGCUCGCGCCAUCCAGGUUAAGCCACAACGAGCGUGAGACGUUCAUCGGCGGCCGACGGGAGAGGGAGACACACGCGACGGAACGUUUGUCGCCAGCCAGGUUUCCCUCCGGACCACGAUGAGGCGAGAGACGCCCGCGCUCUCGCAGGCUACGCAGCGCCACACUAUCCCGGCGCCCCCUGGUGCCGAGAAACCGAUGCAGUUCUGUCGUGCCCGGUUUACGGGCGAUGAGUGGAGAAGACGGCGGGAAUUAGGCCUAUGUAUUUCGUGUGGCCAGAUAGGCCAUUUUGUUGGAAACCCAGUAAAAGGCCGGACUUCAUUAAGACGGAGAUUUUUGAAGUCAGAGAUUAACAUGGCAUCUCGAGUGAAGCCCCAGAGGGCAGCAGUAUCUGCAGCACCAUCAUCGGCCCCUGACAGUGGCUACGCCUGGUUUGUGUUGCUUUCCUGCUUCCUGGUCUUCGGUUUGACCUUCGGGGUCGUCAAGUCCUUUGGAGUAUUUUACAUUGAGAUCCAUCAGUACUUUGAAACCACAGCAACGGCAACAUCGUGGAUCACCUCUAUCGCUGUAGCUACUAUUCACAUUGUGGCUCCGCUUGGGUCUGCCCUCAGUGCUCGCUAUGGCCAUCGCUCUGUUGUGGUAACAGGUGGACUAAUCUGCAGCACAGGGGUCAUAACUGGGGCGUUUGCGCGUAACCUGACUGAACUUUACUUGACAGUUGGAUUCCUAAACGGUUUGGGCUACGCGUUGACUUGGACCCCUACGGUCACCAUGGUGGGCUUGUACUUUGAGAAGAGGCGUCCGUUGGCUAAUGCCUUGGCCAGUGCUGGAGAGUGCGUCCUUACCUUUGUCCUCACACCGCUGUUCCAGCUGUUGAUUAACAGCUUCUCCUGGAGGGGGGCUUUGCUGGUCCUGGGGGGUCUGCAGCUUAACCUGUGCGUGUGUGGGGUUCUGCUGAGGCCCCUAGCAGGCGCUACUCCCGCAACUUGUGCCAGUGAGGAAAAUGCAGAGCAGGGAGGCCUGGAGCAGAGAGGACCAAGCUUUCUAAGAGAGGAGGAGCAGAGCAUAUCUCAAGAGUCUGUUCAGUGCACGAUCAAUGGGACCUACAGCCUGGAAGAGCCUGAAAGGAAAACCGAUAGGAGGACUGAGUUGAAAAAGAAAAUAUUUCAUUAUGUAGACUUCACCCUCACCGCUAAUGCUCGGUUCAUGGUCUACACAAUGUUUGGGGUGUUUGCGGCGCUGGGUUUCUUUGCCCCAGCUCUGUUCCUGGUUCCCUACGCUCGCAGUAAGGGGGUUGAGGAGUACCAGGCAGCCACUCUCAUGUCCAUCUCUGCAGCCCUGGACCUUUUUGGGAGAGUGUUUUUUGGCUGGGUGGCAAACCUAAGGCUGAUGGCGACGGUGUGGCAGCUGACAGUUACCGUGUUCCUGCUGGGGGCCGUGCUGCUCCUCUGCCCGCUGGCCUCCACCUUCCCGGAGCUGGCCGCCUUUAGCGCGGCUUACGGCCUGGUUUUCGGCGCAACAGUCGCCGUCCACAUCACCGUGCUGGCUGAGGUGGUGGGCGUCAGGAGGCUGGGGAGUGCGCUGGGCUUCUUCAUGCUCAUACGCAGCAGUGGAGGCCUGCUCGGACCACCCAUCGCCGGAUACUUCAUUGACAAGAUGAAUAAUUACGGGACCGCUUUCCUCAUGGCAGGAGUGUCUCUAUUUGUGUCUGCCCUGUUCCUGCUCCUCCUCCAUCAGAUGAAUCGAAAGGAGAAGAACGUCACCACCCGAGAAACACAGUGUACAGCUGGACCAAAAGGGACCAGGUUUCAGAGCUGAAGCAAAAAAGCUCGUGACAUUAACAACAGGGAAUUUAUUGUGAAGAAUUAUUUCUUAUUUAAAGGUCAGAUAAGGAAGAAUUCACUCCUGAUGAGCUGAGUUUUUAAAGUUAGUCAUAUUUUUGACUUUUUAAACACAUAAAAUCCCAUUUUAGUAAAACAACAACUAGUGCCUCCGUUAUUAGAUGUAGUCUUGAUCGUACUUGGAUUGCCUGGAAUGUAUGUUUAAAAAUAAAUGUCAAUGAACAAUUA